AUGGUAGAUGAAGGCAACGCUACCAUGUCAGAGGCACAGCGAGUGCUAUCUAUUGCUACUACCAUAGCACCUUUGAACAUAAGAGCGUCAAAUCUGGCGGCGGAAUGGAAGGCUUGGAGUACGCAGUUCAAAAUAUUUCUGCGUGCAUCUGCUUUAGAUAAUCAAACCGAGCAAAGAAAAGUUGCACUUCUCUUGCACCAUCUGGGUGCAGAAUGUCUAAACAUUUUCACUUCGUUUAAUGUCGAUAUAGACAGCGUCCAAUAUGACGACUUAUGGAGCAAAAUGGAAAUGUAUUUCACUCCAAAAGUCAAUAUAGUAAUAGAGCGCCACAGGUUUUUUACAAAACGUCAAUCCUCGGAAGAGACAAUAAGUCAGUACGCUGCCGCAUUGCAAAAUCUUAGCAAAACUUGUGAAUUCGGGGAUAUACGUGAAGAUCUGGUAAGGGACAUUUUUAUAUGCGGUUUAUCACAAAAAUACAAUAAAAUAAAGGAGAGGCUCUUAAGCGAAGGCAACAUAAAAUUGCAUAAAGCGAUUGAAAUAGCUAAUAGCAUGGAACUAGCAAAAGAAAAUGCAGCCAUGAUACAACGUGAGCCAACCGAAAGCAUACAGGUAGCAGCUUUGAGAAAAUCUGCAUUGAACUACAAGGAGAAGAGUGCUAGAUAG